AUGGCUCUCCUCAUGGCUUUGGCUGGUUUGGGACUCGUGGCGGCAGAGCCCGCAGCUUUAGGAGUGGUCAACUCCACCCUGCGUGGCAACGAGCCCCGCCACUUGGCCUCUUGCGGUGUGGCUGGGGCUGUCGACUGCGGUGUCUGCAAGUGCACCGACCGCAUGGCCUGCCAGUGGUGCGACGGCAACGGGGGCCCCGCGAGCAUCGGCAGCAGUGGGUCCAGCAACAGCGCAGCACCGGCGAGCACCCACACCUCCGGCUCCUGUCCAUCCAACCUGGUGAGCUGUGGCGUCUGCACCUGCACCACCCGGAGCGCUUGCCAGUACUGCGAUGGCUACGGUGGUCCCGCCAGGAUCAGCGUCAGCGCAAGCCAUCGAGUUUGCGUGCCAUUGGCCGCCCUUCUCGCACUUCCAUUGGCCAGUCGCGACUCCCGCGCACAAAAGCUGCCGGGCAACGAAGCGCCAACGCUCCCGCAGUAUAAGGUGAAAUUCAUCGGGAACACAGCUCAAAACGAAGGAGGGUACACGACGUACAUCAUCCAGGUGACCCACGUGGAUGGAUCUUCCUGGACUUUGCAAAGGCGCUAUCGAGCCCUUCGCGAGCUGCACGACGAACUGAAGCUCCGCUACGGGGAGACCCUGCCUCAUUUUCCGGCCAAGCGAUUCUUCGGCAACAAUGAUCCGACAUUCAUCGCUGCACGGCAGGCAGCACAUGGGUUCGAGCUGCGCGGUUCAGGGUUCACGGUUUUCUCUCUUUGA